AGGAGCCGCGAGAAGGAGACGUGCGUGUACCGUGUGCGCAAACUCCAUCGAGCCAGAGCUGCAGCACGAGUCCGAGAGGAGAGGAGAGGAGGAGAGCCAUCUCCGAGGAGCUGGAGAGGAGAGCCAUCUCCCAGGAGCUGCCUGAAAAAACGAGAAACCAGGAGAGGAGGCGCACCGACACUCACACACUGCUAAAGCGUUGAGCGAGGGGGCAUCUGGGGGCUUUAGCUUUGCGUGCUUUCUGCCAGGCUCCUCCUGACCGUGCUUCUUCUUCAUUCAGCACCGACGCUCGCUCACCCUCUCUCUGCUCAUCUUCAGCAGCCUCUCCCAAACUCCGGCGAGAUCAUGGGGAAACAGAACAGCAAGCUUACCCCUGAGGUGAUGGAGGACCUGGUGAAGAACACAGAGUUUAAUGAACAUGAGCUCAAGCAGUGGUACAAGGGGUUUCUGAAAGAUUGCCCCAGCGGUAAGCUAAACUUGGACGAAUUCCAGCAACUGUAUGUCAAGUUCUUCCCUUAUGGUGAUGCAUCAAAGUUUGCACAGCAUGCCUUCAGAACCUUUGACAAGAACGGGGACGGCACCAUUGACUUCAGGGAGUUCAUUUGUGCUCUGUCCAUCACAUCACGGGGAAGCUUUGAGCAAAAGCUUAACUGGGCCUUCAACAUGUAUGACCUAGAUGGGGAUGGAAAAAUCACUCGAGUAGAGAUGCUGGAAAUUAUAGAGGCUAUCUACAAAAUGGUCGGCACUGUGAUCAUGAUGAAGAUGAACGAGGACGGGCUGACACCAGAGCAGAGGGUGGAUCGGAUCUUUAGCAAGAUGGAUAAGAACAACGACGACCAAAUCACGCUGGACGAGUUCAAGGAAGCGGCGAAGAGCGACCCAUCUAUCGUACUGCUUUUGCAGUGUGACAUGCAGAAGUGAGGGUAUGCAUGCCAGCAUGCUCCGGACUGAGUAUGUUAUAAUGUUUUAUUCAUGUUCAGCCAGUUCCACAAGAUUAACACAAAAUAUAUUUGGACUACUCAGAUGAACUUGCUUCUUGUGGUUGAAAAACUAGUAUGCAUGGAAUGUCAAAUGCUAAGAGUUAAGAAUAUACAUUUAAUUUCAAACCUGCAACAACGUAAGGUGUGCAAAAUAAGUCAGAAUUGUUUUCAUUCUUCCAUCUAUUGUUAGUCAGUGAAGUGCUCCACAGUAGGCUAUUUCAUUUAUAGCUACGAUACUUAAAGUUCAUAUUUACCACUAUAGCUGCUGUAUUUCGUACGGUGGUUCAGGUAUUAAAAGCAAAAUGUCACACUAAAUGUAACGGUUUCUAUUAAAACAGUAUGUUUCAACUUUGAUCUUAAACAGCAAGGAGGGUAGAGGGGUUCAUUUAGCCUACCUCCCAAAAUGUGCUUGUACUUGAUUAUAAAUGUAAGUUAUUUGCAUGCAUGUCCUAAGUGUAAAGCCUAAUCGCUCCUAUCUCUUCUUUUGGCAACCUUGGCAAAUAAUAUAAGGAGGCCUUAUAAACGAUAACAGUAACUACUAAAUACUAAUGAUGUGUGAGAUUUACAUUUGUGAUUCACCCGCCCAUUAGAUAUCUUCCCUUGGGUGCAUGUUCUCUCCCAAAAAAGAAAACAAAAAAGGAAUAAAAAACUUACAGUGUGUAUUUGUAGAAGCUAUCUGUAAGGGACAACAAUAUGUCGUGGAUCUCGUCUCUGGACAAAUUUAGCCUUUAUUUAUUCUCUGCAGUGACAAAGGUAAGAACACCUGGGUCAUUGAUUUGUUUAGGACUGUUGCAGUUGUAAGCCGAGAAGUCAGACUGGAUCACAGGUUUUUCCCAACAAAUUACACACUGCCAAACCACUCACUCCCUUUUUAAAAUUAUUUACGUAUGAAUCAUAUCACAGCGUGCAUGUAUGGAUGCUUGUAGAUUUGGUUAACUCGAUUCAUUCUGAAAAGGCAAUUUAUCAUGUCCUUGCUUUCCUCGGAGGGCUUUAAUAACACCCCUCCACCUCGUAAUCAAGAAGCAAUCCGCUACAAAUGUGUUUGGUAUACAACCUCAGUCUAAAUGUGAUAAGUUUUUAUUGAACUGUUUUUUGUAAAAUCUUUCUACACGAGUCCGUGACAUUUAAAUAACCACUGUUUAUACAGUAAUUUAAUGCAUCUUUAAUGGCAAAUGAUGGGGUUUUGGAAGAGCUUUGAGCCACAACUUAUUUUAACCACUUGAAGCAAACAUGUUGUUACUCACGACAUACACUCUUAAUAAAGAGCAGGGGGAUCCUGGUUAGAGGAUUCCAUCUCGAAGAACGUGUGCAUCCAAUCAGGAUUUAGAGAACUCUUCAGUAAUGGGUAUAACUAUUCCAUCAAUUACACAUAUAUGGGAUGAAUCUAUCUUUUUUAAAGGAGGGUUCUCCAACAAGGACAAACUAAAGAACCCCAAAACAGAGUUCUUUUUGUUUGUUUUAUUAUUAAGAGUGUAUAAUAUAAAGAGAUAUUCUCUUCAUUUUGUGUUCACCCAAUUAGAAAAAUGCCCUAAAUUCUUGUUCUCCACAUAAAAACUAAUGCAUCAAGCCCAUGCAAGUUCGAUAAGGCUCAGGAUGCUGCACUUUCUUUUUUCUCCAAAGCCCUCCUUGUAGAAAGUUAUCAUGUGUUUGUAAAAUCCCAAAAACUGCAGAUGUAUAUCUUUGCCAUGUAAAUAUUUGUACCUAACAUGGAAAUGAAAUACCAAAUUUAAAGAACAAGUCAUUUGAUUGUGUAAUAUGAUGUUUGUGUUUUAUUUGUGGCAUGUCUUCAACUCAGUAUGUAACGUUGCACUGACAACAUUGUGAUUCAAAUCAAUAAACUGUCUAUGGGCUGUUUUCAGAACAUAA